GCAUCCGACCCGGCCGAUACACGCACGCAGCGUAGCCGUGGCCGCACCAUUUCUCCAGCAUUCGUCCUUCUGCAGCAUCGUUAGCAGGAGGAAACCACACUCGUCUCGUCGUGCCUAGUACUAACGAGUAAUCCUGGUGACCAUCACAGGCACCCACAGUGUGGUUAGAGGUGGUUGCAAAAGGGAAGAUAUGGCUCAGAAUUGUUACACAGAAGAGCUAUUUCGGUGCUUCAAAUAAGAUUGACAAAACUCAGAGUGUCCCGAUUGAUCGCAGUGCGUGUGUGAUCUAUCCUGUGUGAUACCCCAAAGGUCUCUAUUAGCACAAGUUAGAUUGAAUCUGUGGUCUGUUUUGAGAAAUCGUGUGAAUUCGUGAUGCUAUUGCACCUCUCGUGGUGCCCUAAACACCAAACGGUGCCAGUUCUUGUGCCACUUAUCAAGUGCAGUUACACUUUCUCCAGUGUUUGGAUGUCUGUGUUUGUGUAAGUUAGUGCGCUUGUGUAGAUUUGAGUAGGCGUGUGAGUGCGUGUGUAUGUAUUGAUUAAAUCAGUGCGUCUCCUUUAAUCCUUCCACUUGUCGGCCACGAAGCCAUCCCCGUUCGGUUGUGGCCCCGGGUGAGACAAGUUGAUCCAAUUCAUUGCGGUUUAUUUAUGGACUUGCUGCUGGCAGUCCACGCGGCUGUGGCGAAGUGUGAUCCAACCUACUAUCCCCGCUAACCGCGAGCGAGGUUAAUUGAAAUCGAGCGUCAAUAUUUCACUCGGUAGCUUUCCAGCGCUCCCGGGAAGCUACCCCGUCGGCUACCAUGGAACCGUCUACCUUCGACGACCAGAUAUUCGGUGACUUUACGAGCGACACGCUCGGUACUCUGGCCGGCGCCGCCAAACCGAUCCAUGCCGGACCAUCGCCGAGCUCGGUCGUUGCGGCGUCCGGCCACGGUAAUCUGCAGGUGAUGAUGGGCAUCGGUCACUCACCGACCCACGAUGGCGGUGGCAGCGGAGGCAGUGCUGGCGGCAGCGCCAACGGUAACGGCGGUCAUCAACGGCUGCCCGAGGUGAACAGCAUCCUGGCCGUGUCGGGUUCGCCGAGCUACAAAACCAUCGACUACACGAACCUCAGCAAGGUGGAGUAUCACCAUCUGGCGAACGGCAAGCUGGACGGUCCCUCCUACUCACCGCCGAACGGGACGCACCAGCAGCAGCAGCACGGCCUCGGUGGACACCCGGUGCCGGGAGGCAACAAGUCGCUCGAAUACGUCAACUGUAAGCUGGAAUAUUACACCGCCCUGCCCAUCGCCCACGAUAAUCUGAAUAAAAUAGAGUUCGUUAAAACCCUAGAUUACAACGGUAACGGCCGGUUGGACUAUUCCACCUCCUCCUCGUCCUCGCCGAAUGGGCCCAAGUCCAUCGAUUACGGUGGCGGUAGCGGGGCGAAGCUCGACUACGAGACCACGAUCGCGAUGUUUCAGCACCCGGGACCACCGCAGCAGCAGCAGCAGCAGCAGGGACCGUCGGGUGGGCCACCGCCACCGGGCACCGGUUCGUCCGGCAUGGUGGACGCAUCGAUGAUGAGUAGCAACACCGGCCAGCCCAACGGCAUGCCCGUCGGCAUGGCAAGCCAGGGAAAGCCGCGGAAAGCCGACGACAUGAACGGUGCAUCCGGAUCGUCGACACCGACCACUACCACCCCAAUGGACGGAGCGGGAAAUGGGAAGAAAAAUGAUAAAAAGAAAACGGACCCGAAUGGCAUCAAGAAGAAGAAAACAAGGACGACCUUCACCGCGUAUCAGCUCGAGGAGCUGGAGCAUGCCUUCGAACGGGCGCCCUAUCCGGAUGUGUUCGCACGAGAAGAACUGGCCCUUAAGCUCAACCUCAGCGAGUCACGCGUGCAAGUUUGGUUUCAGAAUCGACGAGCGAAAUGGCGCAAACGAGAACCGCCCCGGAAGUCGGCCUACCUCGGCAACAACAGCCCGUCGGCCCCGAUGAACGGCCCGAUCGGGACGUCGUUCAGCCAGUUCCCGCAGACCGCCACCGUGACGCCACCCGGGAGCGUUGACAGCUGGUCCACCUACCAGGCACCGUACGAGCUCGGGCCGCACAUCAACCUGCUGUCGCCGGCCGUCAGCCCGUACGGGUCGUUCAGCACCCAAUACGGUACUUACAUGCCCGAGAGUCACAUGUUCCCGGUGCGGCAGCACUACGACUACGGUAGCCCGUCGCGACCGGGCGACCCGGGCGAUGAGUCGGGCGGCCAUCAGCAUCAACAGCAUCACGGUGGCCACCAUCAUCACCACCAUGCGCACCACAACCAUCACAAACCGGCGGACCACUACGCGCCGACGACGAUGGACGAUAAGUUCGAGACGCACUGUACGGCCGGCCUGCCCGACGGGCUCACGAAUGGAAAGUACGUCGACGACACGAAGUACAUCCACGGUGUCGACGUGCAUCACUAUCCCGAUACGGAUCCCGGCAAGUACGGCAGCUGCCACCAGCUGGACGAUCCGUCCAUGAAAGCACACUACGGCCCGCCGCAACCAUCGCAGCAAGCGCAACCACCGCCGUCUUCCCAACAGCAGCAACAGCAGCAGCAAACGCAACCCGGCCAAUGUCAACCGGUCGGUGUGGACGAUCCCGACUCGCUCGGUAUGGUAAAGGCGGAGGAGAAUGUCACCCACAGCUAUGUACUUCCAUCUUUUUUGCCCUGAUCGAGAGCAUCAGAAAGGGUUCGCAAACGUCAUCGGCUGCACUGCUGUCCGCCAAUCUGCCGAGACAGCCGCCGUACCAUCGUACCCGGUACGAACAGUUCCGCAAUCAUUUCGGAUAGUAUUCUCGGCCAUCAUCUUGAUGCUAUCGCCCCGUUACCGUUCCUUAUUUCCUUACUGCCACCGUUUUCAUCCUGCGCAGAUGAUCGUGAUUGCUUCAUCAUCGAAGGACGUUUUGGGACUGUGAUUGGUUUCAUCGUUCACACUAAAGCCUCAGCAGCAAUCAAGAAUUUGUGCUGUUCUGUGGGGUUUUUUUUUUGUGUGUUGCUGAUGGAGUCCCUUGCUGAUGGCCCAACACACACACGCACACAUCGUAACCACAGUUUCUAAUUCAUUAUUCAGCAUUUGGGCUGAGUGGUGAGUUUCGAGAGCCAUUGUCGAGAUCCCUGUGAUAGGGUGACGAGUGGUACAAUCGAAAACAAAAAUACUUUAAAACACGUGCACACACACACACACACACACAUACUUUUACCAAUCCAUGCCCAUGGUAAACCCUUGAGCUCCUGGGAGAAGUUGUGUGUUAAACAAUGCAAAGUGCUAAACAAACUUUUCCCAUUUACCGGCAGCUCUAAAGUAACUGGUUGACUUUUGUAUUCAAAUGGGUGUGUGUGUGUGUCAGUAUAUUUACCUUUGGGUUUCCAACGUUUUAUUUUGCUUUCGGUUUGUGUUUGGUUUUUUGAAGCGCAAGAAACAACUUUCUCUGCCCAAGUCGGGCUACACACAUUACCGAGCUUACUGUUGACAUCGGGGGAAAUAUCAAGCGGCAAAUGUUCCAUUAGACAGUGCAAGCAAACGGUUAGAUCAAGACAAACAUACAAACACAUUUCUAUCAAGCUUGAAAUCGAUAUGGAACAGUUUCGAUGUUUGCGCUUGAAUGUCCAAGGGUUAGGGCGUUGAAGGCGUUUUGCUAUAAACAAUAUCCCAACCGAUCGUACACGAACUGUUGCAUUCCGGAAGGUCAAACCGAUUGGUUUAAUUUUGCAAGAAAAGCCGCGCUCUGGAGGUGGGAAGAAGGAAGAAAACCGCUUCAUUCGGUUUUUCCUGGAGGCUAAUCAAAUCAAGACCGCUAAAACGAUUCGCACCCAACUUGAGCCGAGCGUGUAGCAGCAACUGGGGGGAAACACUUUGAAGGCGUUUUUCAAGUUUUCCCAAAAAGUGCUCCAAAAAAAGGGAGUAGUGCAAAAAGUAUAUGUGUGUGUGUGUGCGUAUGAAGGCAACACACCGUACAACAAGUGCUUGGCCUCAUGGCCACAAUGGAACGGCAGCUGAAGGGUACCGCCAAACCCGAAAUGCCUCUAAAAAGUGAAAGCUCCCACGGUCCUUCUCCCCACUGACGCUAUUUUUUGUGGCCUGGUUUUGUUUUCCACUGCGUUUCGUUAGGUUCCGCUCCACUGGACUAAUAAAUAAACCAAUGGAAACCGUGUACCUUUCCCUGUUCCCAGUGUCCGAGUUCGAGUUUCUCUCCCACCGUGUUGCUGUUCUGAUUUAUCGACACCACCCGGUGUGCGUGUGUGCGCGCGCGUGGCUCUGACUUUUCCUGACCAAACUUUGGCCAACACACACAUACAGGACGGGGGACCCUCUGGGAGACCGUGGCUACCAUUGGUUCGGUCCCUUUUUCCCACCACACACACACACACACACACACACACACGGGUGCGCACGCGGCUCGAUUUGAUCGAACACUUCCCCUCCCCGUCCGUCGAUCGAUAAUUUCGGUAACGGUCCAUGACCACAUAAAACGACCACAUCUCGGGCCAUGGGCCCACCCCGAUUGAUAAGGGUGAUGAGCUAUCCUACGGGAAGGGCAUGAAAAAAAUGAACAAAUACCUGAAGGAAAAGUAGAAGUCAGUGGGGAAGGUGUUGGAGGAAGGGAGUCAAAUAAAAAUAGAAAUAAAUUAAAUUUGGUUAAAAAGUGCGAACGGUGAAAAAAACCGCACAACGGAAACGUUCCCUCCAGCUGGGCACAUGAAAGCACGGAAAGUCCAACUUUUCUCCCUUUCCACGGUGCCAGUGCCGGCAAAGGAUUGUUCGGCAAAGAAAUCGAAGCAAUCCAGGGGGGUUUAGGAUAAGGAUGGUUUAAAGCGAAACCACGCUACGAAGCAAACCAAACGGGCAUUUCCCGUGGUUGGGAUGAGAUUACCUACGCCGAAAGCUCUUCGUGCCCGCGUGUUGCCUUUCCUGGUUUUUUUUUGGUCCGUGUUGGAUUCACAAGGCAUGUAGUUCUUUUGUGUGUAUGCUCUAAAGUUUUCAUUUGCCCCAUCGCAUGUUCGCAUUGUGCGGUUGCGUUCGACCGAUUCCCGUUUCAUGCUUUCAAUCUUGCCCAAAUCAAUCAACCAGCUCGAAACAGUGCGUUUGCUGUGGCGUUGGUGGUGGAGGGCUUUUUCACCUGGGUCGUCGAUUUGUUCGAAAUGGGGGCGAGGGUUUUUUUUUUCUCUGCUCCUGCUCUGCCGGUCAUCUGAUUUUGGACGUUCUAUUCAUGGUUGCUCGGGGCCAUCCGGUGGUACGUGUCCGUGUCGUGCCAUUGAAGCGCAUUUCAGCGUAACAUCGUACGCACACAGAGAGUUCCGUUUUUGGGUUUUUUUUGUCGUAUCCCAUUUCGUUUCUUUGCUCGCCUUUCGGUUCGGCUGACGCCGUCCUUAUCUCUUAGUGGGGCGUUUCUUUUUGAGUAUUUUUGUUAUUUUGUUUUGGGCCAUUCAGUCGGCAUGAAAAUUCAAACCCGACAUAUCUUCUUCCGGAUGGAUGGAUGGUUGAUCGAACGGGUUGUGGAGCGAAAGACAGGGAUCCGGAACCGUCCAAUCUGUCCGUCUGUUCCACGGAAAUUCAUCGAUCGUAUGUUUAUUUUAAAACAUCAAACAACGAACGUUUCGCCGAGCGUUUCAAUCUAUGUGACGUUGUCCAUUAGGUGAUUUUGUACUAGUUUUUUUUAUUCUGCACGCUGAUGCACUCUUUGGCGUAAGUGUGUAACUAUCGUAUACCAAAUCGACACACACAUACACGAGCAAACUGUUGCUCAAACCUCAUUCCAUUAACGUAAAAGGACACAUAGGCGUCCUGGGAAUUAGGUGUUGUGGAAGUCAAUUGGCAACCAAAUAACACUCACAGUGCCUAAAGCACUUGUGACUACGUCUGCAGCGCUGCACUUCGUCGCAGAGGUUCACAUCACGGUAAUUAAUAUUCCAUUUGAUAGAAACUUCUCUUCAGGAUCCGUCCUUGGGGCAUGAUGACAAAAACAAUUUUAACACCUCCCCCCCCUCCCCCCCCCCCUCAAGACCACCUUUGAACUUAGGGUAAUUCCAAUACAGGAAAUGGAACGGAAAUAAGCAACGCAUUUGAAUAGCCGUGUACGACGUUUCCCUAAAUUUCAUGCACUGGAUGGAAGAAGAAGAAAAAAUAACCUUCCCGUGGGUAGCACUGCUUGUUUUUUGUGCGCUUGUUCAACAUUUCCCGCCCUGGUGAAUCUUAAGUAAACAAAGUUUUUGAGCCAAAGUUUUUCCUGCCUCAAAUGGAACGAAAAGACAACAAACACUCCAACCUUGUCAGCAACAGGCGAGAACCUGCUAAUGGACAAACGGGACCGAAGCGUACCUACGCUCCCGUGCGUCACUUCAGUGAGAAAGCAUCCAUUUGCUUGUCGGUUCGUUUUUCUGACCACCACCGGAAGACAUUUUCCUUCGAACUCCCGAAAGCACAUGAUGCAUUGGAAAAUGGUGCCAGAUUUUUGCAGCCAGAAUAAAUUUCGACCAGAGUUUCUAGAGUAGGACGAACUAAAAUCACACACACACACACACACAUACAUUGGUAUAUACACAAUCUAAGCAUAUCAAAACUUUGACCAGUGGAAGACCAUGCAUCGAUCGAAAGCUUUUGCUGCCUGGUCAGUUCAGUUCCGGUGUAAGUAGGUGGAAAAACAGUGGAAAAUAAAAGCUGCUUCAAAGCUGCUCCGAUUAAUUGGCCACUAACGCCCGUCCAUCAGCAAAACGCUCCCGUCAUAAAACUAUCCCUUCCUCCCCAUUCCUCCUUUUUUCCUUCCAUUGAGAUGAUCUACCUUUUGCCCGCUAAAAAAACGAUGGUUGCGAACCCUUAUUGUUUGCUCUCUGUAUCAUUAAAACACAUAAAAUGCAACAUAGCGUAGCAAUACGAUACACCCGAAACAGAAUGAAAAAAAAACCGCGCACGCAAUAUAAAUACACAAGAGAUAUGAGUGAAAGAUAGGAAGGGAAAACAAAACCAGCGUAGUAUGUAGCAUAGAUAAACCCUUCGUUCGCGAACAUCCGUGAUCUGUGCGCGCAGCGUGUGUAAUAUGUAAGCCAUAUUUAUUUGCUCCCGGAUACGGGAUACGUGUCUGUUUGUAGGGCAUGAGGAUAUAUUUAUUGAUCCGCCAGGAGAGGAAAAUGGAAACUAUGAGAUGCUACGAUCUCUCGCCCUGCUCAGGCAUCCCAGUGCACGGCGAAAGCAUUUGUUCGAGCAGUUCGAAAAUGUAUAGAAUCGAUUCCCGCACGCCUUUUUCCUACCGCCCAAACGGCAAGCGAUCAUAAAUUGAUGUACAAAAGAAAAACAAAGAAGAACUAUGCACACCAUCGAGUAUGCAAACGAGUGAAAAGGGAAAACCAAAAGUGCUCCAGAUGCAACGAUUGCAUUGCGCAACAUUGCGUGUGUAUCCUUAAUCCUUAAGUUCCUAUUAAGUAGUGCCGUUUGCCGUCAACCGUGAUGGUAGUUCCCAGUUGAUUAUUGAAUACUAUUAAGCAGCAAACAUCACAAUGCUCUUCCAGCGUAAGCAUGUCUCAUUCGCCCCUCCAAAAAAACACAACUGGUUAGGGAAACUACACCAAUGGCAAAUGGCAGGGAUAAAGUGCUCGGCACACUGGUAGACACUGUGCUGUGUGUGUCCCAAACGGCAUAACACUCCAGCUCCAGGCAGCGGCAAAAGGAAUCAGGGCUUCUGGGCCCUUCUAAAGUGUUGAUAGUUGACAUAGUUUCAAAAGCAAGUCAUCGUAAAAAGGUGGCAAAGGACGAGUGAGGAGCGUGUUGUGGAUAGGUUUCGUAGUUACGAUUCCUGAUGCUCGUUACGGAGCUCAGUUCGUUAAUCUUUACCAAAUGCCAUUGCUGUAUGUUGAUCGGGCUGUAUAGGAUCGAUUGAAAAGUUUUUUGUUGUGUCGUCUCGCAAGCAUGAAGCGAUUACAGGGUGUGCCACUGCGUGUACAUAGACGCUUCGUCCAACGCUCCAUAAGUGCCUUACGAGUGUGUAGGAUGUAAUUUGAAUGUAAAUGCUGUUUGGCAAGUCGUUGAGGAACGUUCCAGAAGAUACAACAUUCCAAUCUUUCUGCAGAAGCAAAAUGAAGCCAUUAGCAAAAACACAAUGACACACACACACGCGUAUACCCAACAAGUACAAAACAGUCAAAAUGAAGUGUCUUAAGCAAUGUAAAUUGAAUUUCCUGUUCGCACACGAAUGGAACAGUUAGUUGUGUGGUGGUAGUAAAAGAUCAUCCCAAAAUAGCAACAGCAACAUCAGUUCAGUGGAGCAAAUCGAGAUGUAACAUAGCAAAAAGCAGGAAAAAAACACAUACACACACACACACACACUAAACACGAACAGGAACAACUGACAUGCAGUCUCCCAUGCGAGUGCUAAUAAUUUGCAUUCGCUCGAAGAAAAGCUCACCAGUUUUCCGAGCUUGGGAGGGGCUGUUUUUCUUUCUAGUCUCCCAUUCGCUAAUGCUCCCGUGCAACGCCGCCAAAUGUUACUAGUUUCCAGUACGGUGCGGUGGAAAACUAGCGUUACUUCCUUCCCCACAGUCUUCCGCCCGACUGCCUAUCUGCCCGAAUCUUAUUUAAAUCUAGUUUAUAUGUAAAUAAAUGCCACAACACGUGUCGUGUGCUGCCUUGGUUGGCGUACUCCCAGGAGCAGCCGCCCACAGCCUGCCACGCUGUUUCGACAGCUGUACCAUAGCUAAAUUACAAUCGAGAUCGGUGGAUAGGCAGGCCGGCAGGCAGGCUGGUUGGAAUUCAAAACAGAUUUCAUGCUCAACAUGCUCCAGCUACAUUCCAUUUCACCACAAUUAUCACAUUUGCACGAGCAACGAGCCAUUAUCUUGUGAUCGGGGUCGGUUUAAUAAAGCAGAAACAUUGCGGCUCCAUUGCUGCUGCAGGAGCUUUGCUCAAUCACUGCGCUUCGAGCAACAGAAUCAAAAGUUUGGCGGUCAAUGUGUUUUGUAAGAUUUCAUGUGCCAUUAGGUAGAUUUGCCGAUUGUACAUAGCCUGGCAAGGAGGGAAGCGUGCGUGCCAUACUUUUAGAUUUAACAUUGUAUUACGUUCUGAUAGUGUAUUAAGGGUAAGGGCUAAGGUAGCGAAUUGUAAGACAUAUUAUCAAGUUGCAUUAUAAAAAAAUGUUCGCGUAUGGUUUAGAACUAUGUUAAGCAAGAACAGGCAAAUAAAAAUACUCAAUACCGUUA